UUUGCCGAAAUGGCCGCUAAGAAGUUGGGGACCCGGUUGGAGAUUGAGAUUGAGCGCUGUCGGAAUGAAUGUCUGUGGGAAAAGAUCCCGGAGCUCGUUAAACAACUGUCGGCCAAACUCAUCGGGAACGAUGACCUGGCAGAGCUGCUACUUGGAGAGUCAAAGUUGGAGCUGUACCUGAAAGACAGUCCAAUCAAACAAGGAGUCACUCCUUCAGAUGCCAAGCCAAAGCUAAGCGAGGUGAAGAAGCACUUGCUAGGUGCACUCGACAGAGGCAAUUUAAAGCAAGACUUUGCUCAGGAAGCCAACUUGAUAUUGGCCAAGUGUUACUAUGUGGAGGGUGACCACACCCGGGCUCUCAACCUGUAUUCCAAGGUUGAUCUGGAAAAGUUGCAGUUGGUGGGAGUGCCUGUCUACAGACUGAGGAUCAUUGCAGAAUCCUAUGCUACAAAAGGUUUGUGUCUGGAGAAACUAGUAAUGGCAGCAUCGCCAAGAAAUGAUCUGCAGCCUGAUACCGAGCAAGAAAUAAUUACGUGUUAUGAAAAAGCUGGUGACAUAGCUCUGCUUUACUUACAAGAAACUGAAAGGGUAUUGAACACAAAUAUCCAGAACAGGAGUCCAAAACCCGGUUCAGCAUUCCAAGAACAGGAAUUGGGGUUCUUCCUUGAAACAGGACUUCAAAGAGCUCACGUCAUUUAUUUCAAAAAUGGAAAUUUAACAAGGGGAGUUACUCGCUUUCGAGAAAUUUUGAGGGCCGUGGAAACGAGGACCACACAGAAUUUGCGAAUGACAAUUGCCAGACAACUUGCGGAAAUACUCCUACGAGGAAUGUGUGAGCAGAGCUACUGGAAUCCACUGGAAGAUCCUCCACAGCAUUCCCUACUGGAUGACCCGCUACAUGUGAGCUCUAACACAAAGAAUUAUGCACUAAGCAGGAGGCCCAAAGUGUACACUGGAGAUAGCAUUUUCUGCCCUCAAGAAAACACAGAAGAGGCUCUUCUGUUGCUGCUCAUUAGUGAAUCUAUGGCUAACAGGGAUGCAGUGCUUAGCCGGAUCCCAGAACACAACAACGAUCGCAUUAUCAGUUUACAGAGUGCCUCCAUUGUCUAUGAUCUUCUAACAAUCGCACUAGGAAGGCGUGGUCAAUAUGAAAUGCUGUCUGAGUGCUUGGAGCGAGCCAUGAAGUUUACAUUUGAAGAAUUUCAUCUUUGGUACCAGUUUGCAUUGUCCCUGAUGGCUGCUGGCAAGUCUGCCCGGGCAGUGAGGGUGCUGAGAGAAUGUAUAAGGUUGAAACCGGAUGAUCCCACAAUACCACUCCUUGCCACCAAGUUGUGCAUUGGAUCUCUUCACUGGUUAGAAGAGGGUGAGCAGUUUGCUAAGAUGGUAACAGACAUGAAUGAAAAAGAACCUGAGUUUCGGGCCAAAGGUUUCUUAGCACUUGGCUUAACCUACAGUCUCCAGGCCACAGAUGCUACAUUGAGAGGAAUGCAAGAGGACCUCCAGAAAAAAGCACUUCGAGCAUUUCAGAGAGCUCAUGGAUUAUGUCCAACUGAUCACCAGGCUGCUUUCUACCUGGCUCUUCAGCUUGCUAUAUCAAGGCAGAUCCCAGAAGCACUGGGUUAUGUUCGACAAGCUCUGCAACUGCAGGGCGAUGAUGUGAACUCCUUGCACCUACUGGCAUUGCUUCUUUCAGCGCAGAAACACUAUCAUGAUGCUGUAAACAUUAUCGACAUGGCACUGAGUGAAUAUCCUGAACACUUUGUAUUGCUGUUCACCAAAGUAAAACUGGAAUCAGUAUGCAGGGGUCCUGAUGAAGCUUUGCUCACCUGCAAGCACAUGCUUCAGAUCUGGAAGUCAUGUUACAAACUCACAAACCCCAGUGAUUCAGGGAGAGGGAGCAGCCUGCUGGACAGAGUCAUAGCUGACAGGCGGAAUCUGAACACCAUCUCUCUACCUGACUUCAGUGAUCCUGAGACAGGCAAUCCUCCAGAUGCUUACUUUCAUGGUUUUUUCUCCCUUUUUUCAGUUAGUUCAGUGCAUGCCACGUCGAUCGCAGCCUCAAGAGUGGAGCAAGCACUGUCUGAGGUGGCUUCAUCCUUGCAGAGCAGUAUGCCAAGGCAGGGACCAAUGCACCCUUGGAUGACUCUGGCCCAGAUUUGGUUGCAUGCAGCUGAAGUAUACAUUGGAAUGGGAAAGCCUACAGAGGCCACAGCAUGCAUCCAGGAGGCAGCUAACCUUUUCCCCACAUCGCACAAUGUAUUGUUCAUGCGUGGUCAAGUUGCAGAACUCCGAGGGAAUAUUGAUGAAGCUAAGCGCUGGUAUGAAGAGGCUUUGUCGAUCAGUCCCACUCAUGUCAAGACAAUGCAAAGACUGGGGCUGGUCUUACAGCAACUAGGCCGCUGCAGCCUGGCCGAGAAGAUCCUCCGCGAUGCUGUGCAGGUCAACUCCACCGCCCACGAAGUAUGGAACAAUCUGGGGGACGUACUGCAGGCCCAAGGUGAUGACGAUGCUGCAACUGAAUGUUUCCUCACUGCGCUGGAAUUGGAAGCCAGCAGCCCCAUUGUCCCCUUCACCAUCAUCCCCAGGAUACUCUGAGCCAGGUGUCUGCUUCCAGUGGGGUAGAGGUCUCAAGGAGGUCUGCAGGUUUCCAGCUGCAAGAGGGAAGCCCUAUACAAUCCCUUCCCAGUCCUUUCGUCUCUCUGCUGUUAUUUUACAAGCUUGUUUUACUAUGGACCAAAGCAUUCCGGGGCAAAUUUAUUUGAUCUAUAACCCACCUCCACCUCAAGCAAUCCUUGUCCUUUUUAUUUAGUUCCAGAUUUCAGCCACUGUACUCCUGCACAAGUUAUAGGUUCAGCUGAUGCCCUUUGGUACCCCAGCUGUAGUUCCCAUGUCAGGUUGCUGGAACAGUGUUUGACCAGCCCAUGGUCCAGGGGAUGACAGCAACUGAGUUUAUGGCCCUGUCUUAGCUAGAUCGUUCUCUCACUGUGCAAUUUUCAGCAUUGAGUCACUGGCUUAUUUUUGAUCGCUUUCUCCCACCUGCCCCAAGCCCCUGGGGAGAUCAGGGCCUUCUGUUUGUGUGCCUCAGCACCUCCUUCCCUGUAUUCUGUUGGAAUGUUAUUUUAUCAUCUACCUCUUCCUUUCCUCAGUCUCCCAACCAAGUCUGUCUCUUUCUCUCCUGGAAUUAUAGGCCUGUCAUCGUGUAGGUUUUCAAUAUCAUCUCAAAAUUGCCCUCUAACUUUGGCACUGAAUCUCAGCCAGGGCCUGGUUAGGGUAACAAAACACAGUGGUGCAGUAGAGAUCCUGUGCAGGGAGUAGGCUAUUGAAUAAUUGAAUAAGGAUACUUGCAAACUGAGCAUAACUGGAGAACAUUUGCUGUCCACACCCCCUGCGUAGCUGGCAAACUUGGGGCCUGAAGCAGCCUCAUCUCAAGAAUCAGUCCCUGACCCUGUUCAUUGCUGUAUAUAUCUCAAUUCUUACAGAUCUUGGCAUUCGUAUUUAAGAUAAGUCCAAAAGUAAGGUGUCAGGGCCAUUAACAACCCUUUCAACAUGACAAAAUUCAACUGGGGCAAAUGAAUGAGUGACAACUAUCAGGGCAAAUAGCCUGUAGCUGAAACCUGUGCUGUGCCUGAGCUGGUGAUGGAGUAUGUUUUAACUUGAGGUCAGAGUGAAAAAAAUGUCCGUUUCCCAGCAGCUCCCUUCCAUAAGCAAUUUCUGAGAUGAUGCUGUCUAUAAAAUAACAGCUGCUCCACUGAAAUAACCUGCAGUCCUCUCCCUUCUGAAGGGUUCGUAUUGAGAUUCCCUCUUUGCUGGAAGAUACACCCUACUUCAUUAGCUUUCAUCCAAUUGUUACAGAUAUACUGUCUCUCUCAAGAUUUGCACGGCAAAAUGCAAUUAAGAAUGUUGUCAAUCUCUAUAUCUGAAUCAUAUAUAUUUAUGUAAGGCAAUGUUAUAUUUAUAUAUUUGGACUUUAUUCAGUAAGAGGUGACUAGUAACUGGUGUAACUCUAAAUUGCUGAGCUUUAAACAUAGAAUGCUUCCUACCUUGGACUUAAUUUUCAGUGUUGGAAUACUCUUGUGUCACCUUUGAACUCUACAUUGCAUUCAAACUGUGGGACCAUGUAGUGAAAAAGAUCAACCUGUGAUAGAUGAAUCACUAGAUUAGAGUCCUUUAAAGGAACAAAAUCCUACACAGAUUAAUUGUCUCAGAGUUAUUCCAAUACAUUGUAACUGCCCUGUUAAGUGGAUAAAUCCUUAUUUAUAUUAGACUGGAGAAGUUGAAUGCUCUUCAACAAAAGAAAUACCCGACAGUUGUUAGCAUGUAGAGUGUGCGAUAAUCACUGGUCCGAUGUGUGUUGCCAGUCAUUGCCUAUAGUCACACUGAAGGCUUUUCCUGGGUGUUUUCUGGUGAGUAGUGCUACGCUGUCAAAGGAUGCCUCUUCCAUUUGAAAUUAGAAUCGCUCGUUCUAACCCAAUUUCUUUUCACCCCGGGGCAGAAUUGCUGGGUGUUGUCUCUUAAGCCAGAGGGCCUGCCCCCGAGACCACCUUUGGUGAUGCCAUUAGUCACUGAAGCUGUCAGAACAUCAUAUAUGUCAAGUGGUUUUCAGACUUUUCUGAGUGCAUCUUCCCCUUCUGCAGCCUUAGGCACACACUGGGGGAGCCAGUGUAAAUAUAAAUCCACAUUUUGGGGGGAUCCCCAGUUGUUACAGCCACACUCUCAGUGAUCCCCAGCAAACACCUUGAUCCACUCCCAAUGACACCCACACACACCAAACACUGUGAUCUGCUGCCAGUGAUAAAUGUGGAGUCCCAACCCUGGAGAUCACCAACAAAUAUAAACACACUCCUGAGGUACCCCACAACCUCAACCCAGUUUCGACACAUGCCCAAGAAUGAACAUUAACUGUGGAGCUAUUCCCAGGAAUCGCUGGUGGAUGCUAAGUAUCACAACAAGUUAUCUUUAACCUUCCUGUACAGGUAAAGAGAAUGAUUACUGAAUGGGCGAAAUAAAACCAAUAAUAAUUCUGUAAAACAGACAUAAAAGUGAAUUUUCUUUUAUGUCCCCUUCAUCUGAGUGCAUGGACUCUUCGCCUGUACAUUAUCAUCCCACUCACAUAUCCACUACCCCUUACACAUGUACCAACGUUCACCUCCCCUGUAUCUGCCACCCCUUCCCCUGUAUCCACCAUCCCUUCCCCUGUAUUUACCACUCCUUCCCCUGUAUCCGCCACCCCUUCCCCUAUAUCUACCACUCCCUUUCUCUGUAUCUACCACCCCCUUCCCUGUAUCCACCACCCCUUCCCCUGUAUUUACCACCCCUUCCCCUGUAUCUGCUACUCCUUUCCCCUGUAUCUGCCAUCCUCAUACCCUGUAUCUGCCACCCCAUUUGCCUGUAUCCACCACCCUCUUCCCCUGUCUCCACCACCCCUUCCCCUGUCUCCAUCACCCUCUUCCCCUGUCUCCAUCACCCUCUUCCCCUGUAUCCACUACUCCUUCCCCUGUAUCUACCACCCCCUUCCCCUGUAUCUGCCACACCUUCCCUAUAUCCGCCAUCCCUUCCCCUGUAUCCGCCAUCCCUUUCCCCUGUAUCUGCCAUCCCUUCCCCCGUAUCUGCCAUCCCUUCCCCCGUAUCUGCCAUCCCUUUCCCCUGUAUCCGCCACCCCUUUCCCCUGUAUCCGCCACCCCUUUCCCCUGUAUCCGCCACCCCUUUCCCGUAUCUGCCACCCUUUUCGCCUGUAUCUGCCACACCUUUCACCUGUAUCUGCCACCCUCUUCGCCUGUAUCUGCCACCCUCUUCCCCUGUAUCUGCCACCCUCUUGUCCUAUGUGCACCUCUUCCUCCCCCCAUUUCUUUCAGCAUUUAACCUAUGUAUCACUCCUGCAGCACAGUUUGCUCCCUUUAAGCUUAAACUUUGUGCUACUCCAGCACGAGCUGGUAUUCAGGGAAAAAGGUUUUUAAAGUAGUGUUUCAAAAGAGAAAGGAAUGGUAAUACUUAAAUUUAAACAGCUGUGAAAGAGUGACCCUGAAAGAAGUCACUGUUCAGGUCUGUAGCCCUCAGCACAGAUAAGAUAUCCAGACGUGAAGGCUCCUCUGCCUAUCUGAGAAUGGUGUCUCAGCCCAUUAAAGAGAAACAUUACAAACAGCUUUUGAAGUUAUGCACAUGCACACCCCUGCUCAAACGUCCCCGUGAAUGUAAAUGCUAUUUAUUUGAUCGGUUUACUGACCAAGCGUCUGAAAACCAGUCUGGCAUAAAGCACAGAAUGAUUGAUCUUCAUGAGGUAUCAGACUGAUGAGGCAGUCAGUCAGCACCGUGCACUGGAACGUGCACGAUGUUUGAGUAGUAUUCAAACCGAGUACCCAGAGAAUUCUUUCAGAAACUCAAAUUACAAGGCACCAGAUUAUGUUUAACACAGCUUUUCUUGCCAUCGCUGGAUAUAGCUGCAGAAUCCAAAUGGGUAAGGGAAAUAAAAUGUUAUUACAAGCGAAGUUCUUCACCUCUAUGGUCUGUUUGGUGUUUUGAGUCAGCAUGUUAAUAAAUACUGAUAUCUCUCUGGGAUUGUCAGAUGUUGCAGUAUCCAAUGGGACAUCAUCUGUAGUGACAUCAUAACCACUCUGUUACUGCCUUUGACUAAAGCUGCAACCAGACCCCAGUGACAUAGUGAAGCCGAUGGUGAAAUGAUGGUUUGUGUUCCUUCUCUUCACCCAAAGCCUGCCACACACCCCCCGCAACUUGCUACAGUUGGGAUUCUAGCACAUUCCUCUAGUUUGAAUCACUGGUCAGCAGUGGGUGGGGAAUCUACAGUGGGCUUCCAUCUCUCCAACACUGCUGACUCCUGCUGGACAAGGUGCACGGCUGGAUUUCAGAUCAGGGCCAAGUUGGGAUUCGGUGUGAUUGCCCAUGCAGUCGAAUAGCUAGCCAUGCAUGUUGGCUGGUUCAAAAAGAUGGCCACUUAGGCCAAGGCUAACAGAGGGCCAUAAGUAGCUCCUACCUGAAGGAACUAUAUUCCAGGAAGAAUUAACACCAUCAGAGGCAAGAAAAUGAAAGAGCAUUUGGUCACUGAAGUCAGCUUUUGAGUCAGAUUCAAGCUUGAACAAAAAAAAUAACUGGAUCCUUUCUUUAAUAAAAGGCACAUAAAAAAUUAAGCAGUGUAAAAAUAUUUGUUUUGUUUCUGAUUACGUCUGCCAAGUGUGUGUUUAGUGUAUAUUUCAAAUGGGUUUUACUUGGGCGUUGUUGUAUUUGUAGCUGCAAGUUUCAUGUAUGAGAAAUAGCACAUAUAAUGUGUGCGCAUGCUGGGCUCAAACUGGCAGCUGUCGAUACAUCUUCAUUGCAACUGAUGUGAAGAGAAGAUAUUGUUAAUGAACUGUGAGUGAUGUUAUCAUGCUCUGUAAUUGGCCAUUUUUUGCACAAGCUCAAUAUUUAUUGAUUGUUAUUAAACUUAUUUUCAAAUGGA